GAGUGUCCACCUGCAGAACCAAACUCUCUUCUGGGUCUGCGCACAAUACACAGCAGAAGGUCGAGGCAGUCUGACGUAGUCGCGCGCGGGAGCUGGCACCAGGCCGGGCGCUUCUGUGGCUCCCUUCCCGCGUCAUCUCGGUGCUCCCUCGACGCCAUGCGGCCAAACGAUGUGGACCGAGACACGAAGGGAUACAACCACCGUCGUGUUCGAUUCGCUGUGGGAGGAGGGGAUUUGGCCCCACGAAGCCGGAAAUAUCACUGUGACCGAAAUGCCUAGUGUCCCGGCACCUGGGCACCUGGGCUGAGAGAUGGGUGGGACUGUAGGCAUGCACAGGGGCUGGGGCAGAGUUCGGAUCGGACAUUGAGCGGGACUUGUCCCAGCCAUUCGAGUUCAGCGAUCCGAGGGCGCGGUAGCAGAGGUUGAGAGGUAGCUGGCGAUGGCGAUCAGGUGUUUCUAGGUACCUAGGUAGAUAGGUAGGUUGGUGGAGGUAAGAGUCUUUAGCAAUACUGCUUUAACAAUACUGCCGAGCAUGGGAUCCGCAUCUACAGGGACACAAGCCAGGCCAGGAUCCGCAGUACUGUGUAUAACGGUUGGACAGGAAUAACAUACCCGUCUCGUAUGUGCAUCCGAACCACGAGACGAAUUCUGGCAUGCCACGGUGGAACGCAGGACAAAAAGCUUCAGGUUUCUUCCAUUGGCCGACCACCCGACGUUCAUGGCGUGUUGGUGCACGACGACGAAUCGAGUUUAACCACUACCACAGGCCUCCUAGCGCAUCUGCCAACCGCCUGCGGUGCGCGCGAAAUGCGACCCUGAUCGGCCACCGAAUAGCCCAAAGGUCGGUGGGAAGCCAGCGGGUGGCGUCGUCCGGGCUUCCGUUUGGAGACGAAGAAGCAAAGGCACGGCCUUAACCCGGGGUCUGGAUUUCAUGCUUGAUCGAUCCGGGUAAGGCAGCCGACAGCAAGCAGCAACAUCUGAGCUGAUGUGAUGGCUGCAUCAAGCCUGAGAUUCUUUGGCCUGCCCAUCUGCGUCUAGCCGGGCUGUCAAUGGGCAUGACGACGACGAUUUGAUGUCGCCCGUGAGCGGAUCUAAACGUGCCUGGUGGCAGCUAUAGCUUGCCUCUAGGUCUAAAUCGGGCUGCUGGAGUGAUAUUGGCAAGCAGUAUUGCGCAAAUAUUGGUUGGGAACGGGGAGUGGAAUUCCUGUUCUAACUGGUGGGUGUCACUAGUGUGUGUGUGUGUGUGUGUCUGCCCCUGCGCUGCCACUUCGUAUCCUCCAGGGCAGUCUGCUCGCCGAGCCUCGGGCCAGGAUGUCGCAUAACGCCAGGUCAGGUAAGUGACGGAGGAAGUGAUAGGCAGAAGGGAUGCUGAGGAAGGCACGCGGACAAGACGUCGCAGCGGCAAUUCGCAAUUCGCAAUUCAAGGACCGACAAUCCUUCUCCGGUUUUCUGUCUCUCGCUCUGGCUUCGCACUGAUGGUGGAAUUCUCCGCAGCCGACAAAAACUCAUUCGCUUGAUCAACCGCCGUUCGCUUGAAUAUUUUUGCUUUUGUUUUUUUCUACUCCCGCCUGCCGCCUCAAGCCACUACGGCCGACAAUAUUUUUUUCUUGGUCUCGUCUCUGGGAUUUCUUUUACUCACCACCCCUCCCCACCUUCCCUGGCGUGAAACCCAGCUCGGCGUUAGGCCCCUGCAGUCGCUUCUCACCAGAGCUUUGGCUGGGACCGCCGCCUUGCGCAAACGUUCUGUCCGCAAACUGCCCGCCCGUCCAACGCAAGUCACAAUCCUGGCAGCCAGCGCGAACAGAUGCAGAUGACGGCAGCUGUGCAGCCCCUGUUGUAGCAAGCGCAUCGUUUUUUUCAGCUCGUGCUCCAUCUCGACAUCGUCCAACCCACGCCCCGCCGUGGACACAGCAGUCGACGCACAAGGACGAAAAAACCACUAGGCAACCGGGUUGGUUCUGCGUCCUGCGGCCAGUCAGUUGUGCCCUGACUUGGGCAGCCGGCUGGACAGGCGCAGGGUCCCAGGGCGCUGCAUCAAGGCCCUCAACGUCCCUCGCAGGCCCCAGCUUGCUGGCAGACUCCACCCAACGCGCGCUAGGCUGGGACCGGGUGGCUUUUCUUGACAGAGCUGGAGCUGGCAAAGCAUCGCCCGACCAGGGACGCGCACAGCAACCCACACAGCUGAGUGGUAAUUGAGCGCGGUCGCCGCUGAACGAGCCAACGAGACGCACGCACGCCAUGGCGGCUGUUACAAGAUCUCCUCCGCCCUCGGCCUCUUCCACGUCUAGCCCGACUCGCAGGAAACCGCUGCCUCUGCACGACCUGCCUCAGAUCCCCCAGCAGCGAUUUGACUGGGAUGACGCUGCUGUCAAGCCGCUGCCCACCGUCCCGUUGUCCGUCGACUCGCCUCGCCUGCGACACCCUCCCCGGUCGCCCGUCCUGGUGAAUAUCAAGCCCGACAACUGGGCCCAGUCCUCCAACGCGAGUAUUGAGCACCACGGCGACGACGCCCUACCGCCACUCCCUAGGCGCCUCGACCGUGACCUUCCCAAAACCCCGGAUGCUCCCACCCCGCCGCCCCAUACGCCAGCCCUGGAGAAGCAGCAGAAGCACCAGCAAGCACAACAGCACCAACACCAAGACGCCCACAACCUGCAGCAUCAGCGCAUCAUGGCGGAUCAACAAUCCCUGCGGUCGGUUCCUGGGUCCGAACCCCAGGCCACACCAGUGACGACAUCAUCCGUGACCGCCGCAAACUCUGACGCGCUGGUCAGCCCAAGCGACAGCGUCAGCAGCUCGUCGAGAUUUGCACAGGCCGAUGGCCGCCCGCCAUCGUCAAAAAUGCAAAAAGGCAAGGCCCUAGAAGAUCGGGGCGACCUGAGUCCUCGCGAUGAGAACCGAGACAGCCGCGAAACCGUAUCGACGGCGAGCACUACACAGACGCAACAGCAGCAUUCGACCACAUCCUCGUCCGCCGUCACCACCGCCAGCUCCACCUCGGGCGCUGUCGUCGACACCCCAGACACCCAGGACCUCUCGGCCGAUCCCUCACCCGAGGGCUCCGUGAUCGAGCCACCCGUCCGGCCAGAGUCGGUCCCCCAGUUGCAGUACCACCACCAGCAGUUCCUGCCACGCCCUCCAACCAUCCCCGCGGCAGCCCAGGAGCCCGACCAUAGGGGUGCCUCGACCCCAGAUCUGCUCGAGAACGCCGGCAGCUCGAUAAAUCGUCACCUGACCCCUAACCAAUUCAUGCGUCGCAGCUCGAUGCCCCGGCCGCAGUCGGCGUACUCUGCCUAUUCCGAUCGUGGGCGGUCUCCCAUGACGGGCAACGGCCAGAUGAGGGCGCCGUCGGCACAGUCGCGCAGAUCACCCGAGGUGCGCAACUCGUCGUACUCGGAUAUGCUCAACGUGCCGUACCCGCAGCCUGCGCCGGCGCCCAUCCCGCUCGACAACUCGCAGCUCCGCACUGCCGUCGGCACCAACGCCUCGCUCCUCAGCACCCAGAAGACGCUCGAGAUGUACAGGCAAAACGUCAAGAAGACGAACGACCUGUCGAUCCAGUACUCGUUCGCCGUCUUCCUCAUCUCGACGGCGCAGGAGUUGGGCUUUGACCCGGCCGAGGACCCCGCGUCGACGCCAGCGGGCAAGAGGAAAGGGAGCCCCAAGGUUAGGCAGGACAGCAGUGCUGGUGCCGGUGCCGGUGCCGGUGCCGCGUCGUACCUCGACCUCCCGGUGGCAACGCCGCACGAGCUCGUACGAGAGGCCAAGAACAUUCUGCAGAAGCUGGCCAGUUCGGGGUACCCGUUUGCGCAGUACUACCUGGCCGACGGAUACGCAUCGGGCCUGUUCAGCAAGGGCAAGGAGGACUACAACGCCGCGUUCCCGCUCUUUGUGCUGGCGGCCAAGCACGGCCACGCCGAGUCUGGGUACCGGACCGGGCUCUGCUACGAGUUCGGUUGGGGCUGCCGCAAGGACCCGGCAAAGGCGGUGCAGUUUCUGCGCACCGCGGCUUCCAAGCGCCACCCGGGAGCCAUGAACCGCCUGGGCAAGGCGUGCCUGUCUGGCGACCUGGGCGAGCGGCGGUACCGCGAGGGCAUCAAGUGGCUCAAGCUGGCUACCGAGGCGGCCGACGCCAUCUACAACGCGGCGCCCUACCAUCUGGGUUGCCUGUACGAGACGGGCUACGGCGACGACAUCUUCCUGGACGAGAGCUACGCCGCAGAGCUGUUCACGCAGGCGGCCGACUUGGGCCAUCCCGAGGCUAGCUUCCGAAUGGGCGACGCGUAUGAGCACGGCCGCCUCAACUGCCCGCGCGACCCGGCCCUGAGCGUGCACUUUUACACAGGCGCCGCCGAGCGGGGGCACGCCGGCGCCAUGAUGGGUCUUUGUGCCUGGUACAUGGUUGGAGCCGAGCCGAUUUUGGACAAGGACGAGGAGGAGGCCUAUGAGUGGGCACAUCGCGCGGCUGAUCUUGGCAAUGUCAAGGCGCAAUAUGCAGUUGGAUACUUCACCGAGAUGGGCAUUGGAUGCAGGCGUGACAUCCUGGAGGCCAACGUCUGGUACGUCAAGGCGGCCGACGCUGGGGACGAACGUGCGAAGCAGAGGCUUGCCGCCAUCCGUGCGGCAGUCAGCGGCGGGACUCCGAUGGAAGUCGCACCACCACGCAACGGCAAGAUUAAGAAGGCCAGCGGCGAAAAAGACGAAACCUGCGUCGUCAUGUGA